AAGAUGGAAGAAAUCGAGUACGAGAGUAUUAUUCAGUGGUGCUGCACGCGACGGUACUACGGUGACAUGUUGGCCUACGCCAAGCAAGCUCUGGACGUUUACUCCUCCAGCGACAGGAUACGCGUCCUCUUGGCUUCGGCGCUUGCUUUGAACGGCCACAAUAAAGAGGCACUCAGGCACAUCUCGGCUCUGUGCACCAACGACACCUCGGAAGCCAGUCUGCCAGCUUUGCUCGUCCAGAGCUACGUGUACAAGAAGCAGGGGGCUCCCGACCGAUCGGCCUUGGUCGAGGUUGACGCGAAAAUCCGCGACGAUCGGAGAAAAGCGUCGGCCGAAGUUCUGUCCCUGUCAGCCACGGUUCUGCUGCUGCUCGGAAAACUCGACAAGGCCAAGGAGUACGCCGACCGAGCUGGCAAGCUCAGCCCCGCGAACGAUCACGUCCUUUUGGCCAAAGGAUGGACGGCCCUCGACGACCCCGAUCAAGACGCCGGUGACUACUUUGAAGCAGUACUUCGGGAGAACAGCCGACACUUUGACGCCCUACUGGGUGCAGCCAAGGCUCGCGAGCUGCAGGGCGAUCACUCUGGCGCCAUGCUCAUCCUGAAUCCGCUAGUCGUCCGCUACCCAAGGCUCUCGUUGCCACUAGUUGAGAAGAUGAACAACCUCUUGGCGGUGAAAGAGUGGGACCAGGUCCUCGAGACGGCCAACAGGAUACUCGUGCUCGAGAGUGCCAACGUCGACGCGUUCAAGCUCAAGGCCGUGCUCGUCAUCUGCCGGGAUGGUGAUUACGACGAGGCUGCGAGACACGUGCAGAUCUUCUUUCGCAGCCUCAUCGCCGCCGAGCCGAGGAACGUUGAGCUGCUGAUCGACAACGUUCAACUGUUCGCCAGGAUAGCCGUCAAGAACCAGGCUGUGCUCGCCGAGCUGUUCAAAGUCACGGAUAAGAUAUCCCACCAGAACGCAGGCAACAGCGCGGUUUUGGUGGAACUGGGCAAUCUGUGCCAGCGCAUGGGCAAGCACAAGGACGCCGAGCACUGGUACCGGGGAGCUCUGCGGCUUGAGGAUACGUCGUACAACGCCCUCGUGGGCCUGGCUCGGUGUCAACUGCGAGAUAACAACUCGGCAGCCGAGGAUCUGGCCAAGCAGCAGGUGGACUUUCUCAUGGAGAUGCGGCCAGAGUCGCCGGAUCCCGAGCUGUUUUACAUGUCAGCCAAACUGAUGGGCGACCAGGCCCUGAAAUCGCUUGCAAAAACCGCGCAACUUUUGAUUGAUGGUUGCAUGGGGCUGUGUUACGGCUGCGAGUACUUGAAGAGGUUGAACCCGGAUUUGGGCGUGGACGUGGUCGAGGAGUACCUGCUGCACUCGCCGACUAUCAGUGACGCUGGAAUCGGUGGCUCGAUGGCCGACGAUGGGAAACGCUCGUGCGUUGAGCUGCUCGAUAGGAUCACAGAGGCCUGUCCCGGCUUGGCCGCAGCUCUACUGCUCCUGGGGAAAGUCAAAAUGCAGAUUGGCGACUUUAGUGGGGCGUCGACGGCACUGAAAAAGCUACUGGACUCGAUAGAUCGGACAAACGCCUCGGGCCACCUACUGAUGGCCCAAGUACUAGUCAAACAGGGCCACUAUGAGAGCGCCUCGCAAACACUGGAAACGGCCCUGAGCUACAAUUUUAAGGUGAGGAACGACCCUUUGUACCACAUGAUCCUCGGCACAGUGGCCAAAGAGACCGGUGACCUCGAAGGUGCCAUAAAGAACUUGGAGGCAGCGAUGUCGUUCGCGGGUUUGCGACAAAGCCAGGAGGGUUCGGCCACCACCACGGCCCUGUCCAACAGCGACAAGGCAAGCCUGUACCUCGAGCUCGUUUCAGCGUACGCGUGCCAACGCAAGUUCAACGAGGCCAGCAUUGUAAUAGAGGAGGCCCGCACCCAACUGGCCGGUUCACCGGAAGCCGGCCGGGCGAUCAUCGGCAACGCCGAACUCUGCCUCGAGAUGGACGAGGUCGAGCGGGCCAUCGAGCUACUCGGCGCCAUCGGACCAGGUCAGCCGUACUUUCUCCAGGCGCGCACAAAACUGGCUGACGUACAUCUCAAGCGGAGGAAGGACCGGUACUCGUUCGCCAAGUGCUUCAGGGAGCUCGUGGAGAAGUGCCCAGGUGCGGAGACGUACAGCAUGCUAGGCGACGCUUACCUGGCGAUCCAGGAGCCCGAGCGCGCGAUCGAGUCUUACGAGCUGUCGCUGCAGAGCAACCCACACGACAAGACCCUAGUGCGCAAGAUGGGCACGGCUCUGGUCAAAACGCACCAGUACGCCAAGGCGGUGGACUACUAUAAGGAGGUGGUCAAACGGGACGGCUGUCGUGACCUAAAGUUCGACCUGGCCGAGCUCUUGAUGAAACUCAAGCAGUUUGACAAAGCCGAGGACACGUUGCGCGAGGAGUUGAAUGUGGGUCGAGGGGCGACGGACAUACCUUCGUUGGAGAGGAGAGCCAAGCAGCUUCUCCUCUUAGCGAAGGUGCGGGAGCGCGCGGGUAACCCGAGGGGCGCCCUCGUCACCCUCAACGAGGCCAAGGAGAACCAGUCCCGCUACCUGCAGCGCGCCACAAUGCUGCCCAAUCUGCUGGAGCAAAAGCAUGUACUAGCUGACAUCUGCUUCACAAUGGCCGAACACGCCUCGUCCAUCAGGGACUUUGGCCAAGCCGUCGACCACUACAAGGACGUCCUCCACUACAAGCCGAACGACGUCAAGGCCCUGCUCUCCCUCGCUAGGCUACACAUGCAGAUGAACGAGCUGGACAAGUGCGCGCAGUACUGUCAGGUACUCUUGGGCGCCGACCCAAAGAACGAGGCGGCUUGCGUGAUGAUGGCCGACCUGGCCUUCCGCAAAGUCGACUUCGACACGGCGGCCUUUCACUUUCGCCAACUCCUUCUGCAAAAGCCCACCUACUGGACCGCCCUAGCUCGGCUCAUCGAGGUCUCUCGGAGAACUGGUAACAUAGACGACCUCCCCGAGUGGCUGGAGCGGGCCGAGCUCGCGAUCAAGGGCGCAAAGCCCGAGGCGGGCUUUUAUUACUGCUCAGGUCUGUUGGACUGGCGCACGGGCAAAGUGAGCUCGGCACUGCGCAGCUUCAACGCGGCCCGUCGGGACCCCGAGUGGGGCCAGCAGGCAAUCUACAACAUGAUCGAGAUCUGCCUCGACCCUGACGACGACGGUCUCGCGAGUGACGUGUUCGCCGGCGGUGACGACGAGGACACCGAGCCCGAGGAUUCGCGCGGCAUGGCGCUGCGGACCGCCCAAAAGCUCCUCCACGAGCUCAAUCCCAAGGGCAAUCCCCAGGAGACGCUAACCCACCGUCUGCUGUCCAACUUUUAUCUCCUGGCUACCAAGCAAAAGCACAACAUCGAGCGCGCCCUGCAGGACUGCACGGCCCUGGCGAGCCAGGAGAGCCUGCGCGAUCACGUCGGACCGGCCCUUGGCCUCGCCACCGCUCACAUACUCCUGAAACAGACGCCCCGGGCGCGCAACCAUCUCAAACGCGUCAGCAAGAACACGUGGACGUUCGAGGACGCCGAGUACCUGGAACGCUGCUGGAUGCUCUUGGCCGACAUCUACGUGCAGUCGAGCAAGUACGACCUGGCCUCGGAACUGCUGAAACGAGUGGUCCAGCACAACGCGACCUGCGUACGAGCUCACGAGCUGUUGGGCCACGUGGCCGAGAAGGAGCAGUCGUACGACGAGGCGGCCGAAAAGUACGCCCUCGCUUGGAAAUACGGCGGCAAGUUGAAGCUCGCCAUCGGCCACAAACUCGCCUACUGUCACUUCAAGAGCAAACACUUUGCCGACGCCAUCGAGGCCUGCAACGAGGUGCUCAAGAUCGAGCCCGACUACCCGCGCAUCAGGCGCGACAUCCUCGAGAAGAGUAUGCAUAAUCUGAGGACUUGAGUGCUUUUUUUCCAUUAACUGUUAGCUGUUUUUUUUUUUUUUUUCUUUCUU